UCGCAUACCUCUCCUCCUAUCGGACUUCGCCACAGCAGAUCGGAGAAUCUCAAAUCCUCUUUUGUUUCCUUUUCCUAUCUUCAAGUUUUCCCGACAGAUUCAAUGAAGCAGUAAGACAAAACCCUAGAGAAGCAAUCCGAAUUGUUUUCUUCGGAGCUGCGACCGGAGUUUUUUUUUCUUUUCUGGUUCUGUCUGAUCUGUCUGAGAGAAGAGACGACGUGUCUGCAUCUUUGUCUCACUCUCUCUACAAUUUAGACUGCGUAACACAAGUUUUAGCGGAUAAACAAUGGGAACGAGCGAGGAGAAGACGCCAUUUAAACCUUCGAAACCAGCAUCCUCGGCACAGGACAUUCCGCCCACACCGUAUCCAGAUUGGUCAAAUUCAAUGCAGGCUUAUUAUGGCGGAGGAGGUACUCCAAAUCCUUUUUUCCCAUCCCCAGUUGGAUCUCCUAGUCCUCACCCAUAUAUGUGGGGUGCUCAACACCAUAUGAUGCCUCCUUAUGGGACCCCAGUUCCGUACCCAGCAAUGUAUCCUCCGGGGGCAGUCUAUGCCCAUCCUAGCAUGCCCAUGCCUCCUACUUGUGGUCCAACAAACAAGGAGACGGUGAAGGAGCAAGCUUCUGGGAAGAAGUCAAAGGGAAACUUGAAAAGAAAGGGUGAAGGAGGUGAGAAGGCGCCUUCUGGUUCAGGGAACGAUGGUGUCUCUCAAAGUGAUGAAAGUGUCACAGCAGGUUCAUCUGAUGAAAAUGGUGAGAAUGCCAACCACCAGGAGCAAGGUUCAGUUAGAAAGCCGAGCUUUGGACAGAUGCUGGCGGAUGCAAGUUCUCAGAGUAAUACUACUGGUGAGAUAGUGCCCAUGAAGCCAGUGGCCCCCGGGACUAAUCUGAAUAUCGGGAUGGACUUAUGGUCUUCCCAGGCUGGUGUAGCUGUGAAGGAUGAACGAGAGCUCAAGAGGCAGAAGAGGAAACAAUCUAACCGUGAAUCUGCGAGGCGGUCGAGAUUGCGGAAGCAGGCGGAAUGCGAACAGCUUCAACAGAGAGUAGAGAGUUUGACAAAUGAGAAUCAAAGCCUGAGAGAUGAGCUCCAGAGACUCUCCGGCGAAUGUGAGAAGCUCAAGACUGAGAACAACACUAUUCAGGAUGAGUUGCUUAGAGUGCAUGGACCAGAGGCCGUAGCUAAUCUGGAGCAGAAUUCUGCUGCGUCUAAAGAUGGUGAAGGAACAAAUUAAAUUAACAGUUAGGAAACAUGGGAACUUUAUAACGGAUUAUUGGGGAUUUUUCAACACCGGAUAAAAACUUAUUUGUAAACCAGUCUAAAGUUAUUUGAGAUCACAUGACUAUACAAUCGUUUGACAUUUUUGUGUAAUAGAGAUUCCACAUAAGGCUGUAAAAGCUGCAAAGCUAUGACUACACUUGUUUUAUUUAGUCUUCAAGAUCGGAUUCAGAUUCUGAAUCUUGGUUUGUUGCC